CAUGAGAACUGAAGUUACGGUUAUUAUAUCUUUAACAAGAGGAUAGAUGUUGCGUUUGAUGUUCUUUAUGUUGGAGAUACAAGUGUUAUUCACAGGAGUUUGAAAGAAAGACAUGAGCUUCUCAGGAAUGUUGUCAAGCCUGUGAAGGGUCAAUUGGAAGUCUUAGUACCUAAUGAUGGGCUUAAUAGCGACUGUGCUGGCUGUCCUUGGUCAAUUAGAGCUUAUAAUGUUGAUGACGUGGAAAGAUUCUUUAAGAGUACAAUUGAAAAUAGAGAUGAAGGUAUUGUUAUUAAGGACUUGGGUUCUAAAUGGGAACCCGGUGACCGUAGUGGGAAGUGGUUAAAAUUAAAGCCCGACUAUGUUCGUGCUGGAUCUGAUUUGGAUGCCCUCAUCAUAGGAGGUUACUACGGCUCUGGACGGCGGGGUGGGGAGGUUGCUCAAUUUUUAAUGGGUCUUGCUGAGCGUCCACCCUCAAAUGCAUAUCCCAGACGGUUUGUUUCCUUCUGCAGAGUAGGAACUGGGCUUACUGAUGAGGAGUUAGAUGCUGUUGUAAAUAAACUGAAGCCUUAUUUUAGGAAAAGUGAAUAUCCAAGGAAGACUGCACCCAGCUUUUACCAAGUUACAAAUAAUUCAAAAGAAAGACCAGACGUUUGGAUUGAAAGCCCAGAGAAAUCAAUCAUUCUUUCCAUUACCAGUGAUAUUCGAACUAUAAAAUCUGAGGUAUUUGCAGCACCAUAUAGUCUCAGAUUUCCACGCAUAGACCGCGUUCGAUAUGACAAACCUUGGCAUGAAUGUCUUGAUGUUCAAUCUUUUGUGGAGCUGGUUCAUUCAACUAACGGUACCACACAAAGGGGCACAAAUAAUAGUGGUCGGCAAGAUAGUAAAGGGAAGUACAUUAAGUCCAUUGGAAAGGGAAGGAAAAAGAGCGUUUCUGUUGUUCCUUCUCAUUUGCUUCAGACUGAUAUUACAGGCAUUACAGAGGACUCCUUGAUUUUCUCAAAUAUGUUAUUUUACAUUGUUAAUGUGCCUCCAACCCAUUCUCUUGAUUCCUUGCACAAAUUGAUAGUGGAGAAUGGGGGUACAUUCUCUAUGAAUUUGAAUAAUUCUGUUACACAUUCGGUAGCUGCCGAUAGCAAAGCAGGCAUCAAAUACGAAGCUGCCAAGCGUCAUGGAGAUGUUAUUCAUUAUUCUUGGGUUUUGGAAUGUUGUUCCCAAAAGAAGCUGCUACCUCUAAAGCCCAAGCAUUUUCUCUUUCUCUCUGAUAACUCAAAGAAAAAAUUGGAGGAGGAAAUUGAUGAAUUUGCUGACUCGUAUUUCUGGGAUCUUGAACUUUCAGAACUGAAACAGCUAUUAAGCAACGUUAGCAUAUCAGAAGAUGUGAAAGCCAUUGACUACUAUAGGGGAAAAUAUUGUCCAAAACACGAUUGGUGUAUGUUUGUUGGGUGCCAAAUCUACUUUCUUCCAUUAAGAUUAUCUUUAAAAUCUGAUUGGGGCAUUUUGUUGGAGCUUUCAAUAAGGAGGUUGAAGGUUGAAGUUUCCUUUAGAGGUGGAAAAGUCAGUGAUGACCCUGUUUCUGCUACCCACAUUGUAGUCUUCGAAAUACCUGGAGCGCCUGUAAGAUAUGAAACAGUGUUGAAAAGUUGGAAUGAAGCAGAAAAACAUGCCAUGUUGAAAGAUAGGAUUCAUAUUGUUGCACAUCAGUGGUUGGAAGACUGUUUGGAGAGGGCCCAAAGGUUGCAAGAAGAUUCAUAUAACUUGAAUCCCAAUGGGAAAAAGUCCAUUGAAAAUAUAAAUUCUGGCAUGGAUUCUGAGACACCAUUGGUCUCGGAAGAUAAAGACAAUCCGCAAAUUCCCUGCCCUUCCAUGGAGUACAAAGAUCGAGGAAGAAAUGAAGCUGCUUCAGGACAACAGAUGCUCUCCCAUUCAAUUGAGAGAUCUGGUGGAAAGAAAAGAGGUAAGCCUGCUACAAGGAGCAUGCAGAAAGCGAAAUCAGGUGUCGAACAGGUUCGAAGAGCUCAAACCCGAAAGGCCAAGGGGCCAGCAAAAAUAAGUGAAGUUGAGUCUGACAGCAGUGACAAUACCGAUGAAAAAACAAAAGCUGAAACUGGAAAUAUUGGAACAUUAUGCACUGAAAACUCAGAAAAGCACGUGUUUAAAACAUUAGAAAACGAGAUAUCUAACUCAAAGAAACGAGGAAGACCUACUGCAGGGAAUGCGCAGAGAGAGAAAGCAGAGGCCGAAAAAAUUCGAAGAACUCGGGCACGUAUUGCCAAGAGGUCUGCAAAAAUAGGUGGUAGUGAGUCAGGCAACAAUGACUCUGCUGAUGAAGAAACAAACGAAGAAGAAUCUAAAAGGGAGAAAGAGGAAAACGAGAAAACGAAUGAAUUUAAAAUGCUAGAAGACUAUGAUUCAAAACAAAAAGGCAAAGCCAUUGAAGAAGUUCGUGCAGACUUCAAAUUUGUGGAAAAACCUGAGAAGCUUGAAGUGAUGAAGGAUCCACUUGAAGCAAUGUUGUUAGAUAUGGUUCCAAGUCUUGGAAUGAGUGGAACUAAAAGUAGUAGUAGUAGUAUUACUACUGUUGUUGAGGAGAAGAAACCAUUUGUAGAAAACAAAGGUGAGGCAGUUAAGAAGAAAGUGAGCUACAAGGAUGUUGCCAGUGAACUGCUUAAGGAUUGGUAAAAUGUGAGUUAGAGUUGGGUUUUACUUCAUUUGUAUAUAUGUUUCUAAUGUUAUUAGAUGAAAUUUGUAUCAUGCUGUAAUCCAAUCCCUUUUGCCGUUCUAAACAAUCAUUUUCAAUACAAGCUAAUUUGUGGGUGAGUUAUGUA